AUGACAAGAUCAGGUGCAGGUGCAUGCUCAUUGCCUACCUGCAGAUAUUUUCAAAACCUUCUGUUUCUCAAAGACAAGAUUGCCAACAAAGAAACGGAAAGUAAUGUAUCUCUAUCCAAUCAGAGGCAUGCUGUCAGUUUAGAAGAUUCGAUUAUACAAAAUAUGGGAGCUCUUUCACAGCAACAGUCUAUUAGAACACCAAAUACAAGGCCGGGCACAGAACAACAUGCACCUUUGUUAUCUACAACAACAGUUAGUAAUAGCACACAGAAACAGGUUCCUACAACUUCAAGCACACAGCAACUGAAUAGAAGUGCACCUUUCGCACCUACACCAGAUAAACGAAAGAGUGGCUCAAAUGAACUAUUUUCUGGAACCCCUAAACAAAAAAAAGCUGCACGAGAGGAACUGUCAAAUACAGUUGAUCUUUUAACUUUGAAACACCUGGAUAACUUUAGUUCAGCUGAGAAAGAGUUAUUAAAAUCAAUCAACCGAAAAUUUUAA